ACCGCAACAAAGAGUGAUGACGAGGCCCAGCGGCCCGGGCUGCACUCUCUGCAUAUAUGCAUUAAACCGUCAUUAUUUACGACACAAUUAGCCUGAUUGUGUUCCCUGUGACACCGGGGCCGUCUUCGGCUACUGCUCAUAUACUCGGUCGUGUAUUAUUGGCGCCGUGUCUGUGGCGCUGUGGGCUGCAGCCCACACUGAAGCCUGUUUUACUGCUCUCUAACUGGUCAGUUACACCCGUGUACUGCAGUAAAGCCUCUGCCAUUACACACAAGACAAACGUUAUCCUCGGUGCGGAUGCCUUCAUCUGACCCAAACCUGUGCAGCUCUGCUGCGGCGCUGCUGUCUAAUUUCCCCGCUAUGAUAUGAAAUAUUUCACGUGCACGCGCAGAGGCUGUGGUUUCUUUCUUUCUUUCUUUCUUUUUUUUUUAAACGUUUGGCGAAGAACCCGGAUGUAGUGUUAUUAACGACACGUUUAUGAACAAUCAAAUGGCCCUCGUUAAAAUUUAUAGACGGGCAUAAAAACAUGGACGGUCACCAGCCGAAUAUAGAGCGCUGCAGCGGGCUGCCUGUCAACAAUCCGGGUCCCCUCCUCUGCUAUCUCCGCAGAUCCCGUUUAGGAAAUGUUUGGUUUUAGCAGCGCCCUCGUUAAAACGGCGAAAACUUUAUUGUCCCAGUAUAUCCUGCAUCCCUGCCCCUACAUUAGUCCUACAUGUGGCUGCACUGGAGCCUUCUCUCUCUCUCUGCCUCUCUCUGCCUCUCUGCCUCUCUCUCUCUCUCUCUCUCUCUCUUCUUGGAGAUUAACAACAUUCCGAAGGAAGUUAUAAACCUUUCACCUUAUCAAAUACGCCGCGGCUAUGAUGGAGAUAAAAACUCGCUAACGAUUCAAUAAACACUUUAAUGCUGUAAUACUAGUCCCUGUAACAACACGAGGCUACUGUGGAUUUGGACAGACGUGGAUUGAUUACACCAUCAAAUAGUGCCUUACACGCGUUUGGACGUGCACAGGUCUGUGCUGCGACCGACCCCGCCGCCUGUGUCAGAUCCACGGCGGCGUGUUUUCCUCACAGCGGAGCAGCUGUUGCUGAAAUUACCUCCAAAUGCGUCCAAGAAUGAGCGCUCAAAAGCAUAUUCUUUAAUCCGAUUUAUGUGCAACUGUAUCCCAGGAUUUGCGGCGCAUUGAUCCACUGUACAAUUUUUGUGGGGGUAAAUAUAAUCACGUGUCCCUGGGUCAGCCAAUGGCAGGCGGAGGAGCGCCGAGAAAUAAUUACCUGCCUUGAUUGUUCUAUGGCUAGAUAAAAAAGUACACAUAGGCUCCAUAUAAUAAUCGGAUGCAUGUAAAAGAGUCGGGGAAGCUUCGACAUGUCGACCACGGGUCCCAUUAGUAAUUACUAUGUGGACUCCUUGAUCAACCAUGAGAACGAGGAUGUCCUCGCUGCUGCUCGCUUCUCUGCGUCCGGUUCGCACCCAGCCGGUCCUCGAGCGACGUCCCUAGUACCGGAGUGUUCCGACUAUCCUUCCUGCAGCUUCGCACCCAAGGCUCCCGUCUUCUCCACUUCCUGGGCCCCCGUGCACUCGCAGUCAUCAGUGGUUUAUCACCCGUACAGUCACCAACCUCACAUAGGCACGGACUCGAGGUACGUGCGGUCAUGGCUGGAGCCGAUCUCGGGCGCCGUGACGUUCCACGGCUACCCGGGGAACGGCAGGCACUACGGGCUGAAGCCCGACGCCUUUCAGGAGCACAGAGCCGGGGAGUGUCUGGGCUCCGGCGGACGGACGUACACGGAUUAUCUCUACUGCUCAUCCGCUGACGUGAGAGACAAGACGCAGCAGAACAUACCGUCUCCGGACUCCGAGCUCCUGACUCCGGGGAAACAUAAAGAGGAGAAGCCGGAGCUAGACCCGAAUAACCCUGUGGCAAAUUGGAUACACGCACGCUCCACCAGGAAGAAGCGCUGCCCUUACACAAAGUACCAGACUCUGGAACUGGAAAAGGAGUUUUUGUUCAAUAUGUACCUAACAAGGGACCGCCGGUACGAGGUGGCCAGGGUCCUGAAUCUGACCGAGAGACAGGUCAAGAUCUGGUUUCAGAACCGGCGCAUGAAGAUGAAGAAAAUGAACAAAGAGAAGGGCGAAAUGAAAGAACAAUGAUGUGGACUGCAGUCAGAGCCACAAGAACCGACCACUGUAGUCACUGGGACAGAUGGACAGAUGUAUCCAAACACACCAUGACCCCCCCCGACCCCCCUCCUGCUGACCCUCAAACUCUUCAUACUCAUCACUUUGUUGGAUUUUGUAUAUUCCAGACUGUGGGAUGAUUACUAUGUUAUUUUUCCAGUGUCCGGCGUUGAUUAAAAUAAAUAAAAAAUUAAAAGAAAAUAGAUAAUUAUAUUCCGUUUCUACUUUGUAAUAACUUUAUAUAUAUAUGAAUAUAAAUAUGUGUAUUUUUACUUGUAAGAGGAAUUGUUAGCUCAGUUCAGUUACAUUAAAACUGACCGAAGAAAAAAAACAAAACAAAUACUUGAAUUUUUUCUUUUCUUCUUUUUUUUUUUGCUCUUACACAAAACUCAUAAUUUAUGAUGUGAAGGAUGUUUGUUACAUUUGUACCUUGUUGUACACGUGUAGUAUUGUGUACAGAGACUGAGUAUCUGCGUCACGAAUACUUUGUCUUGUAUUUUCGUGACAUUUGUUUCUGUACAUUCUCUCUCUUUCUCUCUUUCUCUCUCUCUCUCUCUUUCUCUCUCUCACCAAUUUUUGAUUGUGGAGUGUGUAGCUUCAGAACUCUGCAAAUACAAACAUAGUCACUAAGCGCUGGUGUUCUGUCAUAUUUUCCACCAACCACAGGCAGCAGUAAUUAGUAACAAGAGGAUCAAAUCACCCAAAUGUUGAUUAAAAAAAGAAAACUCCCAGUGAAAGUGAAGGUGACGCAUUAUGUUGUCAAAACAAGUUUGUGUUUUUAAAUUUCUGCUUCC